AUGUUGAACGAAAGCAGGCCUGACCUGAGUCUGGCCCAGCUGCUGGCGCAGAAGGUGCAGCUAUAUGCAGAUGAUAUUGCUCUCGAACAGGAUAAACAUCGCAUUACCUUUCGACAACUGCACGAAAAGGCACUGAGUAUUGUGCUUGAGCUCAAGAGGCUCGGAGUCACAAAAGAGCAACCCAUUGGAAUUCUAAUAUCGAGAGGGAUAAACCAUAUUCUGGCCCAGGUGGCGGUGGUGUAUGCCGGCGCAACCUGUGUUUCUCUGGACAUUGACCUUGCGGAUGACCAUCUCGAACGACUCUUGUUCCAUCUGGGGACCUCUCUAGUAUUAUCGGACAGCUCCAACUCGUAUCGACUACCGAACCUGCAACAUCUGAUUGUCAAUUGGGAACCUGUUGAGCGAGAUGAGGUUGAUCAGCUCGUGGUGUCGGACAAUCCUCCCUCCUGUUGCUCACAUAUUCUCCACACCUCCGGGUCUACCGGCCAGCCCAAGGCCGUGCGAGUCCUCGCAGCCGGACUAAUCAACCUCGUCUUCAACGAAUUUGCCCCAAUUCGUCGGGGUCACCGCGUGGCUCACGUUUGCAAUGUGGGAUUCGACGUAUCGCUGUGGGAGAUAUGGUCUGCGCUCUUGCACGGGGGGACGGUAGUUGUCUUCCAACGAGAGGAGUUCCUGGAUCCCAUCAUUUUUGAACGCCGACUCCAAGUCGACCACAUUGAUGUGAUGUGGCAGACCACUUCUCUGCUCGCCACCAUUGCCCAUACUUGUCCCCAUGCCUAUUCCCAUGUAGAUAGCCUGUUGACAGGUGGAGAGGCUAUCCAUGUCCCCACCAUCCGAACCAUCUUCGCCAAUGGUCCGCCUCGCAAGUUAUUCAACGUCUACGGACCGACGGAGCUGUCAGUCUUCACGACCUACCACCUGGUAACUCCCCAAGACAUCGAGCGCGGGGAGAUCCCUAUUGGGAGAGCCCUCAGCGGGUACGACGCCUUUGUAGUUGACGAGAUUCUCCACACUGUCACUCAAGGAAGCGUGGGAGAGUUGCUAGUGAGUGGCACUGGUGUCGCAGGGGGGUAUGUUGGGCAGCCCGAGAAGACAGCACAGGUGUUUGUGUCUGCUCCUCAUCUCCAUGAGAAUUGUCAGACAGCACCUGGGUUGUUCUACCGAACAGGUGACCUUGUGCGGCGGAAUGAUUCCGGGGAUAUCGUGUAUCUUGGCCGUCGCGACAACGAAGUGAAGAUUCGUGGGCAACGAGUCGACCUUGGUGCCAUCGAAAAGGCUCUGUUGUCGACCCAGCUCGUGGUCCGCGCCGUGGCGCUGAGGAUCACACUAGAUGAGCUGGAUGGAGGAUCCGCCUUGCUCGUCUGCGUGAUCCCAUUUUCUCCAAAGAUUACUGCCAACGCCAUUCGUCAGCUAUACAUCGAACAGGCGCCGCAUCUGAUGGUGCCUCGGGUCCAGGUGGUCGAGAGAAUCGCUCUCACUGGGAGUGGGAAGGUCGAUCGCAAAGCCUUGGCCAGCCACUACCUGCAGAGUCUGGCACAGACAUCAUCGAGGGAGAAUGAAGUCAAUGGCACCAAAAAUGUGGAGGCCAAACUGCGAGCCCUAUGGCAGGAGCUACUGGGCCUUCCCAACGCCACUUUCCACGACGAGGAUGAUUUCUUCAUUCUCGGAGGCACUUCGCUUCACGCGGCACUUCUUGUUUCUCGUCUUCGACGGAUCUUUUGUCGCGAAAUCCGCGUGUCAGUGUUAUUCCAGAAUUCUUCUUUCCGGGGGUUGUGUUCAUUGCUUCGACUCAGCGACACGCCAGCCCUGACGGAGCGCAAACCCUCCGCGCAGGAAGAUUGGCAACGCGACUGUCGCCUGGGACUUGACCUUCGACCCCGAUCACGCUCAAUCCCCGAAUGGCGCAAUUCUUCCGAGGGCAUCGUCUUCCUGACCGGCGCCACAGGAUUUGUAGGAGCCUUCGUCCUGGCUGGACUUCUCGCACUCCCGGAGGUGGAAACGGUGGUGUGUCUGGUGCGCGCCACCGACGCCCAGCACGCCCACCGCCGCAUCCGCAAGUCCCUGUUGAAAUAUAGCCUCAUGCUCACCACUGCUCAAGAGGCACGGAUCAUCGCGAUGGCCGGGGACAUCUCCCAGGAGGAUCUGGGAUUGACCCCGCAGCAGUAUUCGUGGCUCUCGCACUGGACGAGCGUGGUGUUUCAUCUCGGGGCACACGUCAACUUCGUGCAGCCGUACUCAAGCCACCGUGCGGCAAACGUGCUGGGGACGCUGCACAUGAUCCGGUUUGCGAACAGCGGCCGCACCAAGGCGCUGCACUACACGUCGAGCAUCAGCGCGUACGGACCAACAGGUGUGGUGAACGGCCACACGCAUCUGGCGGAAGAGGAGCAGCCCGCCUCACACCUGUCAGCGCUUCCUUUCGCCAUGGGUUAUGCGCAAAGUCAGAUGGUGGCGGAGACCAUCGCCUGGAAUGCGAUCUCCCAGGGUCUACCCAUCACUAUCUACCGUCUCGGGUUCGUGCUGGGGCACAGUGGGACGGGCACGAUGAAUCCGGACGACUUCCUGGCGCGGGUCAUUGCUGCCAGCUUGCAAUGCGGCUGUUAUCCGCUGCUUCCAGGUCAUCGCGAGGAUAUUGUCCCAGUCGACUGGGUGGUGUCGACGCUGUUGCAUAUCGCCUCUAGCUCGGAGCAUGCCCGCCAGGCGUAUAAUGUUGUCCAUCCGACGACCGGUUCGAGUGUAGAGCUCUCGACGAUCUUCACUCUGCUAAAUCAGGUCCGCGGGAAGACGCCCCUGCGUGCUGUUUCUUAUUUCGAAUGGGUCGGGAUCCUGUCGCAGACCCAGGAAAGCCCGCUUCAAUCCCUAAUGCCGUUAUUGGAGGAGGAGGUCUGGGAAGGACGCAGUCUUUGGGAGAUGCAGCAGGGGAUGCCCGAAUUCGGGACGGAGAAUCUGUGUAGAGCCUUAGCUGAUGCUCCGCAGUUGUUGGAAUGUCCCUCGCCUACGUCUCUGGUGGUGCGAUACAGUCCCCACUGGCUGAGGGGUGAUGUCUCGAACGUGUCCUCUAUGUAG